GAAAAACAGAUUAAAGAAAUAGAAACCAAGAAAACACAAAGCCGUACAGUACGCGGCUUACAAAACCACAAAAUGACCAAGCACCAGACUCUCUGCCGCGAUCUCAACAAACCAUUUUCUCUCCAUGACGCUUAUUAGCUUUUUUGGUAAUGCGUUAACAGCCUACGGUCCAGCCCUUGCAGUUUUUCUACUGUAUGUAGCAAGGAAUGCUCAGCUUGUUAUUCUUCUCAUGACAAGUGCAUUUUUCUGGCUCUUGUCCAUCCUUUUUUCUUCUGUAUUUUGGUAUCUUAUCAAACCUUUACAAAAUGUUCCUGUCGGUACCAUAUUUGUCGCUGUUACAUUACAAGAGCUGUUUAGAUUCCUAUUCUUCAAACUCAUGAGUAAAGCCGAGAAGGGUCUAAAUAUCAUUGCAAAGACUCCAAACUCUCCAUUAAACCGACCUGCCAAUGCCUUUGUGACUGGAUUGGGAUUUGGAAUCAUGAGCGGGUUGACGUUGUAUUUAUCACAAUUGGCUGAAUCGGCUGGCCCAGCUAUACUUGCUUGCAAUUCAUGUCCUGGAAUGGAUGUGUUUUUUGUGGGAGCAUUGACGACCUGCCUAUUUAUAUUUCUUCAUAGUGUCUGGAAUAUGGUUGCAUUCGAUGGCUGGUACCGUGGGCAAUGGCUACCGUUUGGUUUCGUGAUGAUCUCUCACUAUGCAGCAUCAUAUGGGACGCUCUUGACGCCAUCAUCCAUUGAGUACGGCUGUGCCAUUGCUUUACUGAUAGAUUUUGUCAUUUUGAUAGUGUGUACGACGUUGGCGGUGCGACCGAUCCUCGUCAGUUAGAUAUCUGUAAAUAGCCGAUUGCCAAAUGACAAGGAGUGUAUUAUAUGCGAUUUUGGUACUUGUUCUAGUUGAACUUGUCCUAGGCGACGGACGUAGUUAAGAGCUAUGGAAGGGCUAUGAACGAGUAAAUAAACCGAGAAGCUUCAUGGGAGAGUACAUUAUAUUUACACAAUUACUGAAUCUUUAUACGGCUAAUGCUUCCCUUAGCAGCUUCUUUUGAUCUUCGUUGAGAUAUGUAGGAAAUUUAAGGUUGAAUUUAAUCAGUAAU